ACUCCAACCCGCGGCGGAUUCCGCGGCCGCGGCCGACGGCGAUAGUCGGCCAGCCAACGUUUGCGAAAUAAUGCCAUUGAAUCGAGACCGAAUUCGGCAGUAACCAAGCGGAGAUGCCGCACAAAUAAAUAGUGCCGAAAUUAUCGCGCCCGACAACGGAUCAACAAUGUGCGAAUGGAGAUCAGUGGCUAUAUUUUAUGUGCUCCUUGUGUGCUAUGUCUCCAGAGCCAGGGAAAUAACGGUUGAACACACCCUCGACAACCACGUGUCAUCAGGCAACAGGACGCAAAGAUUUCUAUUUGACUCGAUUUUCGGAUUAGAAGUACCACUACUAGAUGAGCAGAGCGUGGAAGAUGAUGAAGAUGAAUCUACCCAGGUCAGGAACUGUUCAUGUGAAUGUGGCAGAGCAAAUCCACUUCCACGUAAAAUCGAUUGUGGCGGGCCGAAUCAGGAAAAUCGUAUAGUGGGCGGUUUUCCGGCGGGCCUCAAUCGGUAUCCUUGGAUGGUCCGGCUGGUGUAUGAUGGACAGUUCCACUGUGGAGGCUCUCUUGUCACCAAGGAGUAUGUGCUCACUGCCGCACAUUGUGUCAGAAAAUUAAAACGAUCGAAAAUUAGAAUAAUACUCGGCGACCACGACCAAACUCUCACCACGGAGAGCGCGGCCAUCAUGCGCGCAGUCACAGCGAUCAUUCGACACCGAAGCUUUGACGCCGAUUCUUAUAACAACGACAUUGCCUUGCUGAAAUUGCGGAAACCUGUCAGCUUUUCGAAGAUCAUCAAACCCGUUUGCUUGCCUCCAGCGAGUAUAGAACCAGCAGGCAAAGAAGGAAUAGUCGUAGGCUGGGGUCGAACAUCAGAAGGCGGUCAGCUUCCCGCCAUCGUACAAGAGGUGCGGGUACCCAUCCUGUCUCUACAACAGUGCCGCGGUAUGAAGUAUCGAGCUUCACGUAUUACUAAUAACAUGCUUUGCGCGGGUCGAGCAUCAACAGACUCCUGCCAAGGCGACAGUGGCGGUCCGUUGUUGGUACAGCAGGGAGAUAGAUACCAGAUUGUUGGUAUAGUAUCAUGGGGUGUUGGCUGCGGUCGACCCGGGUAUCCCGGAGUCUAUACCCGGAUAUCGCGCUAUCUUCCCUGGCUGAAGGCCAACUUAAGAGAUACAUGUCUUUGUGCUAAUUAUUAUAAUCUAUGCGUGAUGACCAGCAUGGUGAAGUGCAUCGUUUUGUUGUUCGUCAUUGCAACUUUCACUAGUUCAGAGGCUGGUGAUUCCUUGCGGAAGUCUCGCGGAAUAUAUUCCAAGAACUUCUUCGGAGGAGUAUGGGGAAACCGUCCACCGCUGUUGGAGGCAAACCAGCUCAGAACUACAUGUACCUGUAAAUGCGGCGAAAGAAAUGAAGUAUCCCGUAUCGUUGGUGGUACUGAAGCAAGCAUCAACGAAUUCCCGUGGAUGGCAAAAUUAACGUACUUCAAGCGUUUCUACUGUGGUGGCAUGUUGAUCAACGAUCGAUAUGUACUCACUGCUGCUCAUUGUGUUAAAGGUUUCAUGUGGUUCAUGAUAAAAGUCACAUUUGGAGAACAUAACCGCUGCAACACGACCAUACGUCCAGAGACAAGAUUCGUGAUCCGAGUGAUUGCUAACAAGUUCAGUCUGACUAACUUCGACAAUGAUAUAGCAUUGCUUCGCCUUAACGAAAGAGUUCCUAUGUCCGCUACUAUUAAGCCGAUCUGCUUGCCGACUAAUCCAGAUAACCUAUACGUGGGAGUUAAAGCAGUAGCCUCCGGGUGGGGAACUCUCACUGAAGAGGGCAAGGUCUCAUGUACUCUGCAGGAAGUGGAAGUACCUGUAAUUAGUAACAAGGAUUGUAAGAACACUAAGUAUACGUCCAGUAUGAUAACGAAUAAUAUGUUGUGUGCUGGAUAUCCUAGGACCGGACAAAAGGACUCUUGCCAGGGAGACAGCGGUGGACCCCUCAUCACAGAAAGGAAGAACGACAAACGCUACGAGCUUAUAGGUGUUGUAUCAUGGGGUAACGGCUGUGCUAGGGUUGGCUAUCCCGGAGUUUACACCAGGGUUACCAAUUAUUUAGACUGGAUAAAAGAGAACACUAAAGAUGGCUGCUAUUGCUCCGAAUAAUACUCCUGCACCAUUAAUACAAUUAUUUUAUUUAUCAUACUUAUUUGAUAUUCUUUAAGCAUGAACAGGGUCAGUAAACUUAUUUUGACUCUAGUUUCGUAAUAUUUAUUGACAUUGUGAUAUGUUUUUAUGGUAUUUAUUAUGAGACAAAAUUAUUAAUAUCAAAAUGUGUUUGACUUCAAGAACGUUUACGUAUUAUUAAUAAAUAUAAUAUGUCGUAGUAUAUAGUCAGUCAUUCGUUAAUUAAAGAACUCAUUCGUUAAUUAAAGAACAAAUUAAAUUGAAAUAAGAACUCCAUAGUAGAAAUUAUAACAAUCUUUUGAUAUUUGUGUUGAAUAGUUGCAUUUUAAUAACCAAAAAUUUAUAGAUAUAAAUCAUAUU